AUUUGUCUUACGAGUUCUUAUAAAAUAACAAUUUUUCAAAUAAUAAAUAGAAAAUAUUUUUAAAUGAUGAGUCAGGAAUCAGAUCUAUUGAGUAUUAUUACAAACAGUGAUGAAAAUUAUUCGGAAAAUGUUGUAUCUGUUACUUCAACCACAUCAGAUUAUCGGAUUUUGUGGAUUUGGAAUAAAGUGAUGAAAUUUCUUGAUCUUGAUAGUGGCCACAAAUAUCUCUUCGAUAAUCUAUUAAAAGAUGGCUUAGAAGAUAAGCUGAUGGAUUUCUUCACUUUAGAUUCAAAUCAAGUCAUGGGGUUAGACAGUAUGGUUUUAUUUUUCCAUAAAACUUAUCGGAAUGAAGUUAUCCAAGAAGAGGUCUCAAUUUGGGAAGAAAAUAAAGGACGAUCUCAACGAUUAAAUAAAAGUGCCUAUGGAAAAAUAGAGAAAACAGAUGAAGAAAAGAAAAAGAAAGGAAAAAAAAGUAAAAAAGGAAAAAAAGAUGAAAAUUAUGAAGGAAAUAAUGAAACCCUCAGUACAUUAUUUUCUGGUGUAACAUCAACUCACAUGAAUUUAGAUAUUGAUGAUGACGAAGAUAAUGAAGAGUCUGCUACUCAAGAAGAUUAUGAAGAAAAAAAUGUCGUUGGCAAAUCAAAUUCGCAAAAAAUAAAGACUACAAUGAAACGCGGAGAGUCACUACGAUCUCUCUUCGCGCCGCUCCCUGGCGAAGAAGACAAAUAUAUUCUUACAAAGAAAGUAGUUGAUAAAGUGAUAGAGAUUCCAGUGAUACAUAUAACCUGUGGUCAAUUAACUCAAAACGAUCCAGAAUUAAUGAAAAACAAUUUUUUUUACUUUUUAAGAACAAGUGAUGAAAAAAUUCCAAAUUUUGAUUCUCAGGAAACUUGUGAUGACGAAAUUUUAAAUUAUAUUGUGGUCGGAUCUUUAAAUGGAUUUUUUUUGGAAUCUCUAAAUGAGAUGCUGGUUAAUGUAUUUGCUCCUUUGAUGGAAAAACAGUUAUAUGCCGAAAGUCCAAAACGAAUAUAUGAAAAUCAAGAUCAUGCUAAUAGUGACAAUAUCAUGAAAACUGAUGACAAUUCCAUUGAUUCAGAGUCUCAGACAACUAAAGUUCAUAAAUCUCUGGAGGAUAAAGAAUCGUCAAUAAAGAUUGAGAGUUUCGAGGAAUCUCAAAAACAAUUGAUGUCACCAGGAAAAGAUUUUACACACCAGCGAAUUUCAUCAGAGUGUGUUGAAGAAUACUCUGAGUCACUAAAAACAUUUAGUGAUCCCUGUCCAAAAAAUAUUAAGAAAACUAAUAUUAAACAACUUUUAAAAUAUCUUGAAGAAUUAAUAGCUUCUGUGCAGUGGAAUUUUGAGAAUAUCGGAGACGACAUUUUGAUACCUCUACCAAAAUCAUCAGACUUAUUAAACACCGAUUUUUUAAAUAUUGAGUUUUCUGCACUUGAUAGAAAUAUGAUUGAACAACUGGAGAAUAUUGUUAUCAAUUGGGAAAAACAUAUAAAUAAAGUAUUGGAUACUUAUAAAAAUAAAAUUCCACAAGGCAAGGGCCCAAUGGCUGAAUAUGAUUAUUGGCACGAUCGAUUGAUUGGUUUGUCGAUAUUAGUAGAAAAUUUGAAUUCACCAAUAGCCAAAAAAAUUAAAUCGAUUCUGAAUGAAGCUCGGUCAUCCAUUUUAUCAGCAUUUCAUUGGUUUGAAAUUGAACUUUGGAAAUAUUACACAGAAGCACGAGAAAAUAACAAAUUUCUCUUCACAGUAUUACGAUACUUCAAAUUAAUUACUGAAUCCAAUGAAUUGCAAGUUAUCAAUGAGGCUCUUCCAUCGUUAAUGGAAGGAAUGAAAAUGAUUUGGAUUUUGUCUAAGUAUUUCAAUACUGAAGAAAGAAUGACUUUACUAUUGGAGAGCAUUUCUUGGCAAUUAUGUGAAAAUAUUAAAAAUACUUUAUCAGUAAAGGAACUUUUCAGAAAACCAUUGGAAGAAAUCUCAUUGCAAGCUCAGAAUGCCUAUAAAAUGUUGAAAAGUUGGAAAACUUUGUAUUUAGUAACCCGCGAAAACAUUGAAUCGUCUGAAAAAGGUAAACGAUGGGAAUUCGAUCAGCAACGUCUGUUUAGUGAGACUGAAUAUAUCGCGAAAGUAUGCAACGACUUCAAUGAAAUUGCGAGUGUUCUUCAAAACUUUUACAAUAUUUUUGGCCCUGAGUUGAAAUCAAUCAUCACUGACCCAGCGCAAAUAGAUGUAAUUGUAAAAAGAGUUGAUGAGUUAAUUGAACCGAUUCUACAUGCUGACUUUAAUAUUUUCAAUAAACUUAAUCAAGAAAACUGGGAUGCUACUAUGGCUUGGUUUUAUUUGGAAGUAACUUCUUUACAAAAUGAAGCACUAUUUUUAAUGGACGAUUGUUUCAUGAUAUUAAUCAAUGCUGAACAAGCUUUGGAAGUGCUGCUUAAAUUCAAAAAUAUUCAAACGAGACAGGCUAUUCAAGAAUGCUUAUCAAUGAAAUUCGAUGUUAUUAUGCAACAAUUCAACAAGGAAAUUAACAAAGUUGAAAAUAUAUUUAAUUUAGGGAAAAGUAACCCGCCAUUAUUAAAAUAUCAUCUACCGAUCGCUGGUUCCAUAUUUUGGGAACGACAACUACUUAAUAGAUUACAAGGGCCAGUGAUGACAUUUAAAAAUGUCCCAGAACUCAAUCAGAGUCACUUAAAGUCGUUAGUUUUUAGUCAGUAUCUAGAUGCCGCUAAACGAAUGAAACAAUUCGAAGAUAUAAAAUUUAAUUCUUGGAAUACUAAAGCUAAUUCACGGAUAUUAAAUGCAAUGAAAAGAAAUAUUUUAAAGAUCGUUUCGAUAAACAAAAUUGUUAUACAAGAGCAGACAGUUGCAAAGAUCAAAAAUAUUCCUGCUAGAAAGUUGCGAUGUAUCGACUCUCAGACACAAGAGUUUAGUUCCGGGGGCAAAAAUUUAUACUUUGACUCGGCGGGUUCAAAAAUGGGAUCUGGUUUGAAGAGCUUAGCUAACAAAGUGCUCAAACUGCAAAUAAAUUUCAACAAAAUCGAUGAAACGCUACGUCCAGUGAAAAUAACGGAUGAUAAAAUCAUGGUCGAACAACAAUUGUGUUUUCAAGUUAAUUUUGAUUUGAAACUUUUCGAAAUAAUUUGCGAAGCAGAAAUGUUGGAACAAUUGGGAUUUGAAUUGUCAACUUCUAUAAGAGAUCUGGGGAUCCAAAAAGAUCGACUAAAAGUAGAUAUUGAGCUCAUACAAACGACAAUCGAUCAGUAUAAUGGAAUUAUGACUAAAUUGGAUGUAGCGGAUGUUAGGUUACUCAAGAACAUGAUAAAAAAUAUUGAUAAGUACAUACAGUCUGGAGUAACAAGAUUGAACUGGUAUUCCUUAGAUAUACCUAAUUUUGCUGCGCAUAGUAAAAAAUUGUUGAAAAAUUUAGAAUCGGUCAUUACUCAAGUUAAUCACAUAAAAAAAGAUCUCGAUAAUCGAAUAGAACAUAUCAGCACUUAUAAUUUAGUCACUACAUCGAACGAUCCUACUGAUUCAGAUUACAAGUUACUUCAAUGCAACAUGUAUUUUUCGGAUAUUAAAGCAAAGAGAACAAAGUUAGUUGAUGGGAUUUUAAAAGCUUACCAAUCAAUUAGCCCUAUAUUGAUAAAAUUGGAAAGUUUAGUCGAAAACACAACUACUGGGAAAAGUAAAGCGAUGCAAUUUUUUUAUGAACGAUAUGAACAAACAAUUUUCACAGCCUUUAUAACGUGCCUAGUGAGCAAUUUAGACGCUUUAAAUAUUCUAUUAUCUGGAAAUAAAUCAAUUUUUGUAGUAGACGCAGUUUUAUUAUCUUCCGAAGUAAUUCUUCGUCCCUCUCCGAAUGAAAUCAACAUAAUAAUCUUGCGAGACAUAAAAGAUUUGCUUGCGAGAUUUAAACUUUUUCCAAGAUGGGCAGCAGGAAGUUGUCACGAAUGUAAACAAAUUAAAGAAACGAGUACAGACAGUUUUUACAGAUUCAGUUUUUUUGAUAAUGUCAUGAGCAUUCAAAUUAUCAAUGAUCGUAUUGCUGCUAUUCAAAAUACAACACAAAGAUUGACAGUAGAGUGUUGGAAAUAUCUCAAUCGAUGGAAAAAAUACAGUAAUUUAUGGCGAGCUGACAAAUCUCAAAUAUGUGAAAAAUUUGUUGUGACGUGUCCGACUCUUAAUCAGUACGAUGAAAAAUUUACAUACUACGACACAAUAAUAGAAGAAAUUGAGGAAUGGACACCAUAUUAUGACAUAUCGAGUAUCAAAAUAAAUUUGACUCCACUAUUAAAAAGCAUUAAAGAGCAUGCUCAAAAAUGGAAACAACUUUUGGGAGAUUAUCUAAUAUCAGAAACCAAACAAUCGAUGAAAAACUUGACAUCUAUAAUUAAUAUAUUUCGAUCAGAACUAGAGCUUGUUAUCAAUAGUUUGAGUAGAUUCAAAGCAGUCAUGCAAACAAUAGGAAAUAUUAAAAAAAUGUCAAUACAAGCUAUGGUUCAAUAUAAUGAAUAUCAAGAAACCUUUAAAACAUUGAGAACACAUGGAAUAGUAUUUUUACCCGAGCUUGAAGACCAAGCUCGUAAAAUUCAAAAAGAUUGGGAAUCGAUUUAUUUUGAAUCACUUUAUCGAGCUACAACAUUAGAGAGCACAAAAGAACGCUUUCGUCAAAUGACUGAAGAACAAAUUUCUGAUCUUUUGAAAGAAUGUGAAGAGUUUGCUGAGUAUUUCAACGAAAAUGGACCUGGGAGUGUUGGUAAUGAUCUUGAUAGUGGACUCAUAAAAAUGGAAGAAUUUGAAAAAUUAAUCAACACUUUAGAAGAGCGACGACUGGAUCUUGUCAAUGCUGAAAUUUUGUUUGAUCUUCCGCCAACAAAUUUUUCAAUUUUCAUAUCAACAAAACAAGACUUUGAGGAUAUGAAACUAAUUUAUUCCUUGUAUAAAACUCAAAAAGAUGCAAAAGAAAUUUGGUCGAAAACUUUAUGGUCAGAUUUAAAUUCUCAACAGUUAAUUGAUGAAAUAGAUCUGUACAUCAAUGAGUUUAGGAAACUCCCAGAAACAGUUAAACAACUUGAUAUUGGUAAAGUUUUCGAAAUGAUGCUGGAAUCAUUUAGAAAUUCAGUGCCACUAUUUGUUGAGUUGAAAAAUGAAGCGAUGCGUGAAAGACAUUGGAAGGAAUUGAUGGAUAAAACAGGAAAACAUGUUGAUUUUCCCCCAGAUACAUUGGGUGGCUAAAAUAUAUAAUACCUUUGGUUAUAAAUUUUUUAUAUAUUUAGGAUUUAAAAUACUUUAAAAAUGAUUGUCUCUGAUCCUGAAAAAAAUAAUUUAUUAAUAACAAUUUUAUCGUUAAAUCCAUUUUUUUAUUUGCACGUAUUAAGAAUAAUUAAUUGUGUAAGAGGGG